ACAAAUAGAGAGAAAAAUCAUCUUGAGCUCUGCCCCAGAAGCACCAUUCAUUUUCUCAGCAAUUUUCAUCAGAUCAAUUCCACGCAUCAAAUUCAUUCUCCCAGAGUGGAUUAUCAAAAUAUCAAACCGAGAUUGCAGGGAAUUCAAAAGAAAUCAUGUUGAGGAAGACGAAUAUUUAUGAAUUGCUGUUGUUCACCCCUUCAUCAAAACAAGUACAUGAAAAUUAUAUCAAGAAAGCAUCGAUGCAUACCACUUCAUACGGUUUUGAAAUUCAAUCUUCCUGUCAUUUCAGUGAAAUUCAUAACCCAGAAAGCGUUAUAUUGAAUUCCCACCAUCUUCACCGCAAGCAGAGCCACAAGCACCUCGCAUUUCAGCACCAAGAUCAUGGUAAUCUGUCGAACUACUAUUGUUGUUGUUCUUCUUUCUGUUGGCCAAGUUGAUUGAGAAAUCAAUGACGGGACGGCGUGUUUAGCAACUACAACAAAUUCAUCAACUCACCGGCAUCAAUAACGGCAUCCCAGUUGGUCUGGCCAUUUUUCUGAAAUUGCCUGAUGUCCCAAGUACCUCCAACACAUCUUGGGUCCUCAAAAUUACUGACCACCUUCACUUCCGCGGCCAUUGCAGCAAGAGACCCAUUAUUCCGGCGGGGCUCUCAUGCUUCUACGACAACGGUGGGGAAGGCUCCGGGACCGACUUGUUCCAAUUCCACUGCAGUUGCAGCUGAAACUGAAGGCCCGAUCCCAUUUUCAGAUGCAGAAGCCUUUAAGGUAGAAAAGAAAGGAGCGACUGUCGGCAUGAGGGAAGUGAAGGGUUUGUGCCUGAGAUCAGGUUCACCGUGCGAUACAGAGAAACAGGAGUGGGUGAGAAGACACGUGAGCCCUGCAAUGUUUAAAAGUAAUGGAAUCUAAACACCAAUCUCUGGCCGAAUUGAGGAAGAUUUUAUGAGAUUAAUCCCAAUAACUUGAGGAGGAAGGAAGCGGGGCGAACAGUGACGUAAGGCAAAAUUAUUAUAGAGGCUUAGUGGGG